AAGAGCGCUGCGGGAGCAGCCGCAGCUCCAGCGGCAGUCUGCGGGCGUCUGCGAGCGGAGCUGCGCCCACUGAGUCUCCGGCUCCGGCGGUGCUUUCUCUGGAUAACCGUGUUUGGAGAGGCGUGGUCUCCAUGUUCCUGUAGAUCAUUACAAAAGCAGGUAACAGUCAACUGGAUUUCCACGCUAGUCAAAGAACCCAGAGCUCUCUGUGGAGUCGUGUGUUUGCAUCACCAACAUGUUUAACCUGAUGAAGAAGGAGAGUGGUAGGAAGGAGAAGAAGGACAAAAAAGAGAGGAUGUCCGCAGCAGAUCUGCGAAGCCUGGAGGAGAUGAGCAUGCGGCGCGGUUUCUUCAAUUUGAAGCGGGAGGCUAAACGAGAGGCCAAGAACAAACUGGAAAUAUCUAACCCAAUUCCCAUCAAAGUGGCCAGCAGCAACGAGCUGUCCCUCACUGACAUUGAGUCAGACGGUUUGAGCAACCGGAGCAGUGUGGUUCUGGACGACCAGCUGAGUACUGCCAGCUCCACAGAUGACCUCAAGAGUGAGGGCGGCAGUGGUACAGAUGGACACCGGAGCUCAGUACGCGAGCGCGUGGCUCACUUUGGUUCGCUUGCCAAGCAAAAUUCUGCACAAGUUGGCCAGAUGAUGAAGCGCUUCUCAUUUUCCCAAAGGAGCAAAGAGGAGAGUCCUUCAGAGGGCUCUACCCCAUCAGGCCAGAACUCUGCCACCCCAUCCCCACAGGUGGAGAGUAAAGUCUUCAGCAUGCUCCGCAAACAUAGCCUCAGACAGCAGCCUGGAGAACCAGCCCCCAAAAAAGUGUACAUUCCCGAAGUGGUUGAUAAAACCUUUCCUGCACAUCUGCAUCUCCCAGCUGUCUAUGCUCCCAGCGCACCAGAAACCCGUGAACUGGAACUACAACGCCGCAACACUGGUGACUUUGGAUUUUCUUUGCGUCGCACCACCAUGCUGGACCACAAUCCAUCUGGAGGUGUGUACAGGCGUGUGGUCCACUUCGCAGAGCCUGGAGCCGGCACGAAGGACUUGGCCCUUGGACUGGUGCCUGGUGACAGGCUAGUGGAGAUAAAUGGCCGAAAUGUAGAGAACAAAAGCCGGGAUGAAAUAGUUGAGAUGAUUCGGCAGUCAGGCGACGCAGUGCGGCUUAAAGUGCAGCCGAUCCCGGAGCUGAGUGAGCUGAGCCGCUGCUGGCUGAGGAACACCGAAGGUCUGCGCAGGGACGCGACACAUGUGAAGACCGAGGAGCAGAUAGCAGCAGAGCAGGCGUGGUAUGGAUCAGAGAAGGUCUGGUUGGUCCACAAAGAUGGAUUCUCCCUGGCUACCGUGGUGAAGACGGACCCUGGCUCCCUUCCAGAGGGAAAGGUCAAAAUCCGACUGGAGCACGAUGGGACAUUACUGGAUGUAGAUGAGGAUGAUAUUGAAAAGGCUAACCCUCCGUCGUACGACCGCUUGGAGGAUCUCGCCUCGCUGCUUUACCUGAAUGAGUCCAGCGUCAUGCACUGCCUGAGGCAGCGCUACGGAGGCAACCUCAUCCACACCUACGCUGGACCCAACAUGGUGGUCGUCAACCCCCUCAGCACGCCGUCAAUGUACUCCGAAAAGGUGAUGCACAUGUUCAAAGGAUGCCGACGAGAAGAUUCAGCUCCACAUAUCUAUGCAGUGGCUCAGUCAGCGUACCGCAACCUGCUGACCACGCGGCAGGACCAGUCCAUUGUGCUGCUUGGAAAGUCUGGCAGUGGAAAGACCACAAACUGCCAGCACCUGGUCCAGUAUCUGGUCUCCAUUGCUGGCAGCACGGGCAAGAUCUUCUCUGCUGAGAAGUGGCAGGCGGUCUACACCAUUCUGGAGGCUUUUGGUAACAGUUCCACCACGAUGAACACAAACGCCAGCCGCUUCUCUCACGUGGUGUCACUGGACUUUGACCAGGCUGGACAGGUGGCCUCCGCCUCCAUUCAGACGAUGCUGCUGGAAAAGUUGCGAGUCAGCAGACGACCUGAGGCUGAGUCCACCUUCAAUGUUUUUUACUACAUGAUGGCCGGCGCCGACAGCACCCUGAGAACGGAGCUGCACUUCAACCACCUCGCUGAGAACAGCGCCUUUGGGAUCCUUCCACACUCUAAGCCUGAGGACAAGCAGCGAGCCUCCCAGCAGUUCACCAAGCUGCAGGCAGCCAUGAAGGUUCUGGGUGUCUCUGGAGAAGAGCAGAAGGCUCUGUGGCUCAUCCUUGGGGCCAUUUACCACCUGGGAGCCGCGGGAGCCACCAAAGCAGAUGGAUAUGAAGCGGGACGCAGGCAGUUUGCUCGUCAUGAAUGGGCUCAGAAGGCAGCCUACCUGCUGGGCUGCAACCUGGAGGAGCUGUCUUCCUCAAUCUUUAAACACCAGACCAAAGGACUGCAGCACUCGACCUCAUUCAGAGGAGGAUUAGACGAGAGCAGCCAAGGCGACGGAUCAGGUUCAAAGGUCACGGCUCUGGAAUGUUUGGAGGCCAUGGCGUCAGGCCUGUACUCGGAGCUCUUCACUCUCGUCAUCUCCCUCAUUAACAGGGCUCUGAAGUCCAGCCAGCACUCGCUAUGCUCCCUGCUCAUCGUGGACACUCCGGGCUUCCAGAACCCACGACUGGCUCAGCAGCGGCGGAGUGCAACGUUUGAGGAGCUGUGCCACAACUACACCCAGGAACGGCUGCAGAUGCUCUUCCAUGAACGCACGUUCGUCCAGGAGUUGGAGAGAUACAAGGAGGAAAACAUAGAGCUUGCAUUAGAUGACAUAGAAUCCAGUGCUUCACUGUCUGUAGCAGCUGUUGACCAAGCCUCCACACAAGCUCUGGUGCGUACCUUGGCCAGGACAGAUGAAGCACGAGGACUCCUGUGGCUGAUGGAGGAGGAGGCUGUUCAGCCGGGAGGCUCAGAGGAAACCAUGCUGCAGCGACUCUUCAGCUACUACGGUUCUGCACAUGGGGACAAUAAGGGAGCCACUCUGCUGCUGAGAGGAGAGAAGCCCUACCUGUUCCUGCUGGGCCACAGCCAUGGGACAGACUGGGUGGAAUACAACACUCAGGGAUGGUUGAGCCACGCCAAACACAACCCUGCUGCUCAAAAUGCAGCCAUGCUGCUGCAGGACUCCCAGAAGAAGAACAUCAGCGGGUUGUUCAUGAGCCGGGCGAGCGGGGCUACCGUGCUGUCGGGGUCCAUUGCCGGUCUUGAGGGCAGCUCCCAACUCGCCCUGCGACGAGCCACCAGCAUGAGGAAGACCUUCACCACAGGCGUGGCCGCCGUUAAGAAGAGAAGCCUGUGUAUCCAGGUCAAACUCCAAGUGGAUGCCCUGAUUGACAUGGUGCGUCGGUCCAGGGUUCACUUUGUCCACUGCCUGCUGCCCAAAGCCGAGGCUGUGGGAAGUGGAGGUGAAUCCCGUGUGACUCACGGAGAAAGUCCAGACUCGGGUCUCAUGGCUCUGGAUGUCAGCCUCCUGAGAACGCAGCUCCGCGGGUCCAAGCUGCUCGACGCUCUUCGUAUCUACAGGCAAGGAUACCCGGACUACAUGGUGUUCUCGGAGUUCCGCAGGCGCUUUGAUGUUCUGGCGCCACAUCUGACCAAGAAGCAUGGCCGUCACUACAUCGUCACCGACGAGAGGAGGGCUGUGGAAGAGUUAUUGGAGUCACUGGAGUUGGAGAAGAGCAGCUACCACAUGGGGCUGAGCCGGGCGUUCUUCAGAGCGGGGACACUGUCCAGGCUGGAAGAGCAACGAGAUGUUCAGACCAGGAGGAACAUCUUUCUGUUCCAGGCCGCCUGUCGAGGGUAUCUGGCCCGGCAGGCCUUCAAGAAGAGAAAGAUUCAGAAUCUGGCCAUCCGUUGCAUCCAGAAGAACAUUAAGAAGAACCGUGGUGUCAAAGACUGGCCUUGGUGGAAGCUCUUCACCACUGUCAGGCCUCUCAUCGAGGUGCAGCUCACAGAGGAGCAGAUCCGUGGCAAGGACGAGGAGAUCCAGCAACUGAAGCAAAAGUUGGAGAAGGUGGAAAAAGAGAGGAAUGAGCUGAGACUGGGCAACGACCGCCUGGAGAGUCGGAUCACAGAGCUGUCUUCGGAGCUGGCUGACGAGCGAAACGCCGGUGAGUCGGCCUCUCAGCUGCUGGAGACUGAAGCCUCCGAGAGACUUCGCCUGGAGAAGGACAUGAAGGACCUGCAGACCAAGUUUGACAGCAUGAAGAAGCAGAUGGAGUCCAUGGAGAUGGAGGUGAUGGAGGCUCGUCUCAUCAGGGCAUCUGAGCUCAACGGAGAGAUGGAUGACGACGAUUCAGGAGGAGAGUGGAGGCUGAAGUACGACCGAGCCAUCAGGGAGAUUGAGUUCACCAAGAAACGACUGCAGCAGGAGUUUGAGGACAAGCUGGAGGUGGAGCAGCAGAACAAACGGCAGCUGGAGAGGCGGAUCAGCGACCUGCAGGCGGAUCACGAGGAGUUGCAGCGGAACAUCCAGCAGCUGAAGAAGAAAACGCAGCGACUGACGGCUGAGCUGCAGGACACCAAACUUCACCUGGAGGGUCAACAGAGCCGCAACCACGACCUGGAGAAGAAGCAGAGGAAGUUUGACAGUGAGUUGAGUUCUGCUCAGGAGGAGGUGCAACGAGAGAAGACCCUCCGAGACAAACUGGCCAGGGAGAAAGACAUGCUGACCGGGGACGUGUUCAGUCUGCGGCAGCAGCUGGAGGAAAAGGAUCUGGAUGUGUGUGCCGUCAACUUGAAGGUGGAUCAGCUGGAGGCCGAGCUGCAAGAUCUCAACUCCCAGGAGUCCAAGGACGAGGCGUCUCUGGCCAAAAUCAGAAAGCAGCUCCGGGACAUGGAAGCCAAAGUUAAAGACCAGGAGGAAGAGCUGGAUGAACAGGCUGGCACCAUCCAGAUGUUGGAGCAGGCCAAGCUGCGUUUGGAGAUGGAGAUGGAGCGUUUGCGUCAGACCCAUUCCAAGGAGAUCGAGGGCAAAGAUGAGGAGGUGGACGACAUUCGACAGUCCUGCAACAAAAAGUUGAAGCAAAUGGAGGUUCAGCUGGAAGAAGAAUAUGAUGAGAAGCACAAGGUGCUGAAGGAAAAGAGAGACCUGGAGUCGAGGCUUCUGUCGUCCCAGGACCAGGUGACAAGUGGUGACAUUGAGACAGAGAAGCGCUUGAGAAAGGACCUGAAGAGAACCAAAGCCCUGCUGGCUGACGCCCAGAUCAUGUUGGAUCACAUAAAGAAUAACGCACCCAGUAAGAGGGAGAUCGCUCAGCUCAAGAACCAGCUGGAGGAGUCCGAGUUCACGUGUGCGGUGGCAGUUAAAGCCCGUAAAUCCAUGGAGGUGGAGAUUGAAGACCUGCAUGUUCAGAUGGAGGACAUUUCCAAGACAAAACAGGCGCUGGAAGAGCAGCUGAGUCGCCUGCAGAGAGAAAAGAAUGACAUCCAGUCCAGGAUGGAGGAGGACCAGGAGGACUUGAACGAGCUGAUGAAGAAACACAAAGCUGCUGUGGCUCAGUCUGCGCAGAACUUGGCUCACAUCAGUGACCUCCAGGCCCAGCUGGAGGAGGCCCUCAAGGAGAAGCAGGAAGUGCAGGAGAAGCUGCAAGCCCUCCAGUGCCAGCUGGACUUCCAGGAGCAGUCCAUGGUGGAGAAAUCCCUCGUCAGCCGGCAAGAAGCCAAAAUACGCGAGCUGGAGAGCAAGCUGGAGUUUGAGAAGACGCAGGUCAAACGCCUGGAGGCCGUUGUAGCACGCCUGAAGGAGAACGUGGAGAAGCUGACCGAGGAACGAGAUCAGUGCAGCAGCAGCGAGAACCGUGAGAAGGAGCAGAACAAGCGGCUGCACAGGCAGAUCCGUGACAUGAAAGAGGAGAUGGGUGAGCUGGGCAAAAAAGAAGCUGAGGCCAGUCGCAAAAAACACGAGCUGGAAAUGGACAUUGAAAGCUUGGAGGCUGCGAACCAGAGUCUACAGUCUGACCUCAAGUUAGCAUUCAAACGGAUUGGUGACCUCCAGGCUGCCAUCGAGGACGAGAUGGAGAGCGAUGACAAUGAAGACCUCAUCAACAGUUUACAGGACAUGGUGACAAAGUAUCAGAAAAGAAAGAACCGAACUCUUGGGGAUUCGGACUCUGAUUCGGAGCUGGAGGAUCGUGUGGAUGGGGUGAAGUCAUGGCUGUCCAAAAACAAAAGCUCAGCUAAGAACCUGUCGGACGACGGCAGCCUGAAGAGCUCCAGAUUUGCAGUUAAUGUAGAUGCUAAAGAGGGGAAAGAGUGGAAAGAAGGUAAGGAAUGGAAAGAUGCCAACAAAGAGGGCAAAGACGUAGACCUGAGCAGGCCUGUGUCAGUCAUGAGCUCCCUGAGCUACAGAAAACGCUCCAACAUCGAUUCCAUUGGAGGCAAAGGCAACGCCCUCUUCAGUGCUCUCAGAGAGAACACAGAGUCCGACGACAAAGUGUCCUCUGUACACAAGUCCAAACCCAAGGCCUCGAAUCCUCAGGACGACACCUAUUCAGUCAGUUUGAGGAGAAAGUCUCAGCCAAACCAAGAUUUGAAUGAUGGGGAUUCUGUCAUCUCACAGGCGUAUUCAGAGGCCAACAAUCGAGCCAGGAAAGGCAUGGAUAGCCGCUGGGGUGACUUUGACAAGGAAUCAAUCGUUUCCGUAAGUCGCGCUUCCACACGGCGUGGCUUCAGUCCAGAAAACGGCUCCAAGUCCACCACCAGCUUUGGUCUUAGCCCACUCAGAUCUCGUCAGAGCGCCUCACGCUUAGAUGGUAGCAGAGGUGGGCAGCUGAUGUAUGGUAACAGUCCUCGCAGUCCUUCUUUGGGUCGGCAAAGUGGAGGUCGCAGUCCUGGAAGCGUCAGCCGCGCUGAUUCUCAUAUGUCUUUAGCGCGCAGUUGUCGCCUCAGCGAGUUUGAUGUUGAUGUCGAUGACGGUCGAAGUGCGGCCUUCAGUGAGAGGUCGGCGUACAGCCCGUAUUCCUCCACAGGACGCAGCGUCUCCAUGCCGCCACCACUAGCCAGAUCUUCCAUGACAGAUAACGAUUUGGCAGUUAGCUCAGAUAUCAAACCAGUCAGCCACCGCAACUACCUCGACCCGGACCUGGAGAAAGCCAUCAAUGAGGUGCUGAGUUUCAAGCCUAUCAAAUUCAAGCGCAGAAGUUUAGAAGACUCUGAGGCUGAGAGAGAAAAGCCACAAAAUGAAGACAAUAAGAGCAUCCAAAACGGGUAUUGUCCUGCUACCAACCUUCGGCGCUCUGCAUCUGCUCUAGACUGUGACAGAACCUCCUGUAGCACGAGCAGCUGCAGCAGUCGCCAGUGCAGAAAAAGCAGAGGCAAGAAAAAGAGAAGCCACAGCUCAGAGUCAGAGGGUUCAGAUGAUGAUCGUCGUCACGGGAGCGACACCAAGAAGAAGGCUAAGAAGUCCAAGAAGUCCAGGAAGAGAGACAAAUCUUCCUCCUCCUCCUCGUCGUCUUCAGAUUCUGAGUCUGACUCUGAAUCAGGUUCCGGCUCCGGGGCUUCCACUGUUUCCUACCGCAGCUCCGGCAGUGUGAAAAGAGCGCCGAGUCGACAGGUUUCCACUCCAGAAGACGUAGACGCUAGACCACCAAGCCAGACUCAGCCCCUCAGCAAAAAGGAGGAGAAGAAACGGAAGAAGAAAGUGGACAACCUGAUGAUGAAGUACCUGUACCGGCCGGACAGUGACUGAGUCCUCCUGAGCGGAGACGACACGCCUUUGACGGAUCUGACGAGGAGGGUGAAAAAGAAGAUGGCGGGGCUUACCGGAGCUCCUACCGCACUCGAUACAAAUACAGCAGCCACACG